AUGGCCUCUCCGGAUGACCCCAAACUCGCUCAGGCUACCGGCGAGCGGCUUAACAAUGUCAUCCGCGGACCCGUUCUCCAAGCAUGCACGCUGGCUCUCCACCCGAAACACUCUCAUGCGGAAGUCGAUAAAGGCAGCGAUGAGAAGGGCCCGAAGGGUAGAUGCACUCCAAAACCAAUGCCAAAGGACAUAGCCCUAAAUGUGGAACCUGGAAACAUCCGCGGACCCGUUCUCAAAUCGUGCACCCUGAGUAUCCGCCCGAAACGCUCUCAUGCGGAAAUCGCGACAAGCCGUUGUGAGGAGGGCCCGAAGGAUAGAUGCAUUCCAGCACCAAAGCCAAAGUACAUAACCGGAAAUGUGGAACGUGGAAACAUCCGCGGACCUGUCCUUGAAGCACGCACCCUAAGUCUCCGCCUGAAACGCUCUCAUGCUGAAAUCGAGAUAAGCGGUGAUGAGGAGGACCCGAAGCGUAGGUGCACACCGGGAGCAAAGCCAAAGUUCAGAAGAAAUGUUGGACCUGGAAAGCCGGCCCUUGGGAUCCAGCCCAUACCCGAGCGCUCUGUCAGAGCAGCCAAAGAUGGGGCAGCGCUCAGGGCUUGGGACGAGUUUUCGACCGACGGUGAUGAUAUGUAUAACGACCUCGAUCGUCUCGAGGCCAUGGCCGUCAAACACAAGAAUGAUCUGGAGUGCAUGCUGCAGACAACAAGGGUUAUGGAGCGUGAGCUUGCCAACAUCCGUCCGUUGGUCUCUCAUCCCAAGGCAAUUGAACAAGCUGAAACGACAGAGGGAACGGCAGCACCUACCUCUAGCCAAGUUGAGAAAGAUGCAGCGCAGUAA